UCUAUUCAUUUAUUUAUUUAUCUCUCUUGUUUCUCUGUCUAGGUAAGUUAAAAAUACACUUCACUAGUAACUAGACUAGAUUUAUAAGAGAUUUGAAAAAAAGACUAGCCUUAUAAGACCCUCUGCUUCUAAUGAUUACAACUAAUUUCUCCCCAAGUUUUCUUCUUUUUUCCUCUGUUUUUCUGGUUUGUGGGUGUUGUUUAAAUUUGAGAGGUGAAAGAUGAAGUUUAUGAAGCUUGGAUCUAAGCCUGAUGCAUUUCAGAGUGAUGGUGAUAAUAUUAGGUAUGUGGCUACGGAGCUGUCAACUGAUAUAGUCAUCAAUGUUCUGGAUGUCAAAUUCCAUCUGCAUAAGUUCCCCCUGUUAUCCAAAAGUGCCCGUUUGCAAAAGCUUGUUGCAAUGUCAAAUCAAGAAUCACAGGAUGAAAUAUCCAUCCAGGAUAUCCCCGGUGGACCUGCUGCCUUUGAGAUAUGUGCGAAAUACUGCUACGGCAUGACUGUAACAUUGAAUGCCUACAACGUGGUUGCAGCUCGAUGCGCAGCUGAAUAUCUAGAAAUGUACGAUACAGUCGAGAAAGGAAACCUCAUAUACAAGAUAGACGUCUUUCUUAACUCUAGUAUCUUCCGGGGUUGGAAAGACUCCAUUAUUGUUCUUCAAACUACCAAGUCACUUCUUCCGUGGUCCGAAGAGAUCAAAGUCGUUAGCCAUUGCCUAGAUGCAAUAGCUUCUAAAGCAUCUAUGGAAACUUCUAAAGUAGAGUGGUCUUACACCUAUAACAGGAAGAAGAAUCCGUCAGAGAACGGAGGGGAACAGCUUUAUAAUGGUGUGAAGAAACAGCUUACCGUUCCAAAAGAUUGGUGGGUGGAAGACUUGUCUGACCUUGACAUGGAUCUAUAUAAACGGGUUAUAACGACAAUUAAAACUAAAGGAAGGGUUUCCGGUGAUGUAAUUGGCGAGGCCUUAAAAACGUAUGCCUUGAGAAAGUUGCCGGGUUUUAGCAAGGGGGUCGUUCAAGGUGAUUCGCUGAAAAACCAAUCUUUAGUAGAGACAAUUGUGCGGCUUCUUCCGAGAGACAAAGGCAGUGCAUCGUCUAGUUUCUUGCUUAGGUUAUUGCGAGCAUCGAUAUCUUUAGGGUGUGGAGAAAUGGUUACGAUAGAGUUGCUGAGAAGAAUUGGCUUGCAAUUAGACGAGGCUUCAGUAGCGGACUUAUUGAUUCGAGCUCCACCUGAUGCGACCACUGUUUAUGAUGUUGAUUUGGUGGAAAAUCUGGUUAAGGAGUUUGUAAUGCAAGAUGCUCAUGGUGCUCAGAUUAAUUCGCACAACGAAAUAGAUUUUCAGGAGCUCAAGAAGCCCGUUAUAACUUCGGAUACUUCCAAGGCCAUGGUUGCGAAGCUAGUUGACUGUUACCUUGCCGAAGUUUCAAGAGAUCCAAACCUGCCGCUAGCUAAAUUCAUUGGUAUCUCGGAGCUCGUUUCGGGAUUUCCAAGGUCCUCGCAUGAUGGGAUUUACCGUGCCAUUGACAUGUACUUGAAGGAACAUCCGGGCAUCAGCAAGAGUGAGAGGAAGAAAAUAUGCAAACUGAUGGAUUGCAGAAAGCUCUCAGCGGAAGCGUGUGCACAUGCUGUACAAAAUGAACGCCUCCCUUUGCGAGUCGUCGUCCAGGUACUCUUCUUUGAGCAAGCUCGAUCUGGAUCUUCCCCUGGGUGUAGGACUCCCGACUUGCAACGAUCCGUUAGGGCAUUACUCCCAGGUGGGUCCCACGGGAGCUCAAGGUCCGCAACCACAAACACUGAAGAUGACUGGGACGGGGUCCCAACAACCGAGGAACUAAAGGCCUUGAAAGGCGAAAUAGCCAACCUUAGAAUACAAGGCGGUGGUGAGGGGUGUAGUGGUGAUGUCCCUAGAAGUGAAGCUGCCCAUAAGGUCAGAAGUUUGCUCAUGUCGAAGAGGAUAUUCUCGAAAUUGUGGUCUAGUAAAGAGAGGGACGGUGAGAAUAGCAGCUCGGAUACCUCUGAGAGCCCUGCAUCCACGAAUAAUGCUGAAGAAACUCUAUACACCCCAUCCCGGAAUAGAAGGCAUUCUUAAUCGUAAUCAUAAAGCGUUGUUUAAGGUUAAUUACCGAAAGAAUAACUGUGCAUUUUGGGUGUCCCAACAUGUAUAACUAGCUUAUUUUCGUUUCUACGUAGGAAUAGGUAGGUGGUCGACUGACGAAGAAUUCGAACUCGCAAUGAACUUAACCAAUGGACCAAAAGUGUUGUUCCGGUUCAUUGAUAUAGGAGCAAGUAGUAGAUGCAAUGAAGUUGUUUGGGUGAUUGCAGUUUAGGUAAUGUUGGAUGCGUCAGUUUUAGGUUCUAACACGACAUUUUCCUGUAAAAGAAAGCUUGAUAGUGAUAUGUAUUCCUCGUUUUCUA